AUUCCUCCAAAACCAGAAGUAAGUUCAAGAAUUGAACAGAAAUCUUUAUUCGGAUCUACAUGUAAGUCGGAAACCCAGAAGAAGUCGUCUGUCCUUGCUCUGGUAACAUAUCCGGGUGUUACAUGUCCUCACCCCAGGGCGACAGUACCUGGACGACUAAAGUUCAAAGGCACACCAUGCAGUUAGUCAACUUAGUAUUGGAGAAAAAGGCACGCGUGUUAUAAAGAUGGAAGCGAAAUAUGGACUGCUGGUAUUGACUUUUUAUGUGGCCAUUUUUACAGGCGCUAAAUGUGAUAUAUAUACUUCCAUACAAAAAAUAACAGCGUUGGCUGAAAUGGAGGAUAAGUUGUUCAAGGAGUUUGAGAUCUUUUUGCAGACAUCGGACACAAAGGGAGAAAUUGUUCCGGAUACAGUGAUAAGAUUUUACAAUGAAAGGAAAACUGAUGGGCAUCUUGACAAGUGUUUAGAUAUGGCUCACCCUGUUCGAGCAUUCUAUAUACAACACAGGGUCUACAACGAAUGGGGUGCCAUGAUCGAAGACCUGAAAGCCAACAAAACAAUUGCUUUACAACCAACGGUAGCAGGUUUCCUACAUAAAUACAAGUCAGUGAUGACGUCAUUGGGAUUUUGGCCCGCCCUGGGAGACGUGGCUGGAGCAGCCGACAAUAUCCUCCGUCUGUGGAACGUAUACGAUCUCAACGUCAAAGACAUCAUCAACGGUGAAAUUGCUUCGACCAUGUCGAGACCUUUGAAGAAAAAUGAGAUUGAAUUCAUUACAGGCACAGCAAAAAAUUUAGAAAUGGUGUAUUACCACCUGUCCUUGUUAUCGGAGCUUUAUAAUAGAACCCAAGACGAGGCAGAAAAGGAAAACUAUCGAAAACGGUUAAAUAAGGAAUACUAUCUGAUAAAAACAAGAACUUCUUCUACUUUGUUAGCUCCAACACUGGCGUAUACAGAUUUCCAGCGAUUUCAAGCGCACAAUCUAGUUAUCAAAGAGGCAACGAGAAGUUCCAUUUCCCAAGAUGACAUAAACAGCUUCUUUGCACCGCCUAACACAUUCAUGAAACUCUGUCGCGGACCUGCAAAGUCAAAGAUAGUGGAGUCAAAACUUCGCUGUUUCUUAAGAAAGACGGCCAUUCCAAUCUACAUGGCCAAAGAGGAAGUUGUUAAUUAUACCCCGCGUAUUUCCCUGUUUCAUGACGUCAUAUCAAACGAUGAUAUACGGCAAUUAAAGAAAGCAGGCACUAAGAAGCUAACUCAUUCAAGAACCGGAGGCGGUUAUGUUACUAGACUUAGAGUCAGUCAGACAGGCUGGGUGUAUGAUCAAGCUAUUCCACAAGUGUCCAGGCGCCUCGCUCGCCGGAUUGCUAACAUUGUGAACUUAGACACAACCUUUAGAUCCAAGGCGUCUCCAGUAGAGCCAUGGCAGGUUUUGAGCUACACGACUGGUGGAUAUUACGGCGAACAUAUUGAUCCCGACAUUGGUGAUGAGUUUUUAUGGAACAUGACAGAGGCGGUUCAGGGCCCUCGGGCUUUGUGGAGAAAACACACUGGACAAAGAAUUGCUACCUGGAUGUUUUAUCUUAGUGACGUAGAAGCAGGAGGAGCAACUGUGUUUCCAAAAUUAGAAGCUCGCGUUCCAGUGGUCAAGGGAGCAGCAGCUUUUUGGUACAACUUGACGCCGAGCGGGAAGAUAGACCGGAGAACCCAACACGCAGGCUGUCCCGUCAUCCUCGGCUCAAAAUGGGUGUGUAAUAAAUGGAUUCACGAAGUUAGUCAGGAAUUCAAGCGACCUUGCGGGAAAACUGUCGCCUCAGAAGAUUUUUAUGAAGAUGAAUAUAUGCCACCUUAUUAAUUCAUGUGACAGUAUAUAAUUUUGUGCAUUUGUUGUAUGUCAGAAACCAAUAAUCCUGGUAUUUGAGAUAUACGUAUUAUAUAAAUUAUGUGUUUAUGGUUAUUAUUAAAUUAUUUACAACUA